AUGGCUUCAGAGAUGCAAACUCCCUCCGAGGCGGAUAUCACAAUCUCCUCAGUUAUAUCACAAGAAGAAGUGUCAGAGGAGCCUAUUCAACAAGCUGAAGCAACCCUCUCAGUCAAUCUAGGCCCGUUCCUACGGGAUGGACUCAUCAAAGUCCACAUGGACAAUGAGAUCACUGCCGUAUUUUGGCUUCGUUCAUAUCUUGUAAACCAAAACAGCGCCCCUGACAUCGCGGCCACAAAUUUAAAUUUCAAUCAGUUCACCCUGGAUCUCUGCGGUCACUUCGGAUACAGCGAGCAACAGCAUUCGCUUGUGUGGGACCCUCGAGGUCUUAUCCACAGUCUCGACUGCGAAUAUGUCGUCAGGGGCCGUAAUGGCUGGGUGGCUGCUCUGAUACUCAUGCAGAACCAGAAAUUUGUGCAGGAAAACAAAGUGCCUUGCCACUUUCACAUUGUGAACUACAUUGAGUUUGAAAUGCACAAAAAGACCAUGGCUUCGAAGGAUACAAAUGCAAAGCAGAUAGCAUAG